AUGGUCCGCGCACCGAGGCAGACCGACGCUCUCGGUGCCAACUACGCUACAAGGGCGGGGCAUGAGCGAGCUUUGGAAUAUUUGACGGUCACCGCGUGCCGCAGAAACCUGGCAGGAGACAUGUGCGCGAUCAUGCGCGUCCACGCGUUCCUCGAGCAAUGGGGUCUCAUAAACUACCAGAUCAACCCAGACCAGCGACCUGCUGCCCUCGCACCCCCUUUCACCGGCCACUUCCGCGUCACCCUCGACACUCCUCGUGGUCUCCAGUCUCUCAACCCUGGAACACGGCCAAAGGAUUCGAAUGCUCAGGCCGCUGUCAAUGGUGCCACGAAGCCCUCCCCCACUCCCGCAUCCCUCGAGCUCCGGAACUCGAUAUACCAGACUUCAGCCGAGUCUUUGCGUCCUGUCUUCUCCACCGAGGCUGCAUCCCUCGCCAACGGCGCCAACGGCAUCUCUGGCGAUAACCCCACGACCAUCAAGUACCAGUGCCACACCUGUGGCAUCGACUGCACGUCUGUCAGGUUCCACUUGCUCAAGCAGAAGAGCUUUGAGCUCUGCCCACCUUGCUACCUCGACGGCCACUUCCCAUCCCACAUGUACAGCGGCGACUUUGUCAAGCUCACGAGCACCACCAGUGCUAACGGCGUACACCAGGCAGCGGGCGCUGCGGCCGACGACGACUGGUCGGACCAGGAGAUCCUGCUCCUGCUCGAGGGUGUCGAGAUGUACGACGACGACUGGUGGGCCAUUGAAGAACACGUCGGAACCCGCUCCGCACAGCAGUGCAUCCGCAAGUUCCUCCAGCUGCCUAUCGAGGACCCCUACCUUUCUGCGGAGGGCGACCUUGGCCCUCUGCGUUACACGCGCGUGCUGUUUGAGCAGGCAGACAACCCUGUCAUGAGCGUGGUAGCUUUCCUCGCAGGUGUCAUCAGCCCCGGGGUCACAGCGGAGGCCGCGAAGACUGCUGGCGCGCUCGUGGAUGCGGAGGACCUCCAGAUCCGCUCGAUGCUCGCGUCACUCAUCAAGCUCACGCUCACGAAGCUCGAACUCAAGACGGCGCAGUUUGACGAGCUCGAGGACGAGCUCGAGGACGAGCACAAGAGCCUCAAGAGUGCGCGGAUGACCCUGGUCAACGAGCGUGUCAACCUCCGACGGCUGCUCGACAAUGUCAGGAGCGAGCUCGCGAAGCACGGCGCGACGCCCAUCCCCGGGCUCGCGAACGCCGUCGCGCAGGCGCAGACGGGACUCGGCGCGAGCGGGCAGGGUACGAAGGUGAAUGAAGUCCAGGGCGGGGCUCCUGCUGAGAGCGACCAGGGCCGGUAA